CUGUCAAUCUUAUGCACAUUCAGAUACAGCAUUUCGCCAGAAUUCUAUCCAGCUAACUAACUCGUAAUUGCACGUACAAGCCGACAGCUUAUUUAACAGCAUAAUAUGAGAAGGCACAUUUUGUCUGCAAGUAAUCAUAAACAGCUGUCAUAAAUGUAUCACCGGCCCUCUGGCCUAAAUUGAUGUGUGCUAUCGUCGGAUAUCUGCGAGUGAAUCCGCAAAUGUCUGCGUCUGCUCUGCGAAUGAUCCGCUGCCGGAGGCUGAGCACCUCUGGACCCGCCGUGAAGAGAGCAUUGCCAUGGAAAGACCUCAGGAAAAUAGCAAAAGUGACAGGAGCAAUAGUUUUGGGAGGCUGUGUUUUCAUCACAUACGAAGUGUUUACUCUGAACCAGGCCGUCACUAUCGACACCAGUGCCAUUCUAAAAGAGAAACAAAAGUCCUACAUCUACCUGACUCAUGCCACGAAUAGGGAACAAGAGAGCCUUGCUUCUGGCCUCACUAACAAAACCAGGAAGGAGCUUCAUAAAGCAGCUAGAAAGUUUAUUGAAAUUACAUCAAGAGUUCUGCUUCGCCCACUGGAUGAGCGUCUCAGUCAUUUGGAUGCAGAUCCACAUGAAUGUGCACUGUGGGUCCUGCUGAAGAGAACCUGCUCUGCAGACUGGGUCGUGAGACAGCAGGCAGUGCAGGACCUGGCCCAGAAUCGCCACUGGCAGGAUUAUCAGUACCAGACAGCAGCACAGGUGGUAGAUCAGCGCACAGCUGUGGGUCUUGCCCGCAUCCCUAAUGUGGACAUUCGAUUCUUUUUCCCUCCCCCUCCACUGCCACACACAGAGGAUGAUAUAUCAAUAGAAGAUGGUCUUCGGCAGUUGCUUGCAUCUCUGCCCCAGUCAGAAGUGGAUCAGUGUGUGCAGUACUUUACCUCCCUGGCACUUAGAGAGAGCAGCCAAUCAUUAGCCUCUCAAAGGGGAGGGCUAUGGUGUUUCGGAGGAAAUGGGUUGCCCUAUGCCCAAAGCCUCACUUCCACCCCUUCAGAGAAGGUGGAGACUUUCUGCCUGCAAGCCCUGGUGCAGCACUCAAAGGUCCCAAGUCAUUGUGACCACAUUGUUGCUAAUGGAGGAUUGCAGCUUUUGCAAAGAGUCUACCAGCUUCGCCGGGACUCUCCCAAGAUUCAGCGCAACAUUGUGCGAAUUAUUGGAAACCUUGCCUUGAACGAGAGCGUCCACACAGCCAUAGUGCAGUCCGGUUGGGUGUCUGUCCUGGUGCAGAUGAUCGGGUCACCCCACAUUAUGCAGGCAUCUCACGCUGCCCGUGCUUUAGCCAAUCUGGACAGAGAUACAGUGAGGGAGAAGUACCAGGAUGGUGUAUACAUCUUGCACCCACAGUGCCGCACAAACCAGCCAAUCAAAGCUGAUGUUCUAUUUGUGCAUGGCCUAUUGGGUGCAGCUUUUAAGACGUGGCGUCAAAAGGACUGUGAUAUGAUGGAUGAAGACAAGGUGGAAGGGACCCGUGAGGACUACACUGAAUGCUGGCCCAAGUCAUGGUUGGCUGCAGACUGUCCAAACCUCAGAAUCCUGUCUGUUGAGUAUGACACCAAUUUAAGUGACUGGAAAGCUAAGUGUCCUGCUGAAAACCAAAGGAAGUCCUUAGCCUACAGGAGUCAAGAACUGCUGAGGAAGUUGAAGGAUGCAGGUGUAGGUGACAGGCCUGUGGUCUGGGUAGCCCACAGUAUGGGAGGUUUACUUGUGAAAAAAAUGCUUUUAGAUGCCGCAAAAGAUCCUGACCUCAGUGCACUGAUCAAGAACACAAAAGGAAUUCUGUUCUACAGUGUUCCUCACCAUGGCACAUUCAUGGCAGAGUAUUCUAGAAAUAUCCGAUUCCUUCUGUUUCCCUCCAUAGAAGUGAAGGAACUAUGUAAAGAGUCUCCAGCGUUGCGAGAAUUAAAUGAAAAUUUUCUCAACAUUGCAAUAGAACGAGAGUUCAAAGUCCUCAGCUUUGCAGAAACACUGCCUACCUCUAUUGGUCCAAUGCUCAAAAUAUUGAUUGUUCCAUCUCAGUCAACUGAGCUGGGAAUUGGGGACCUCAUUCAGGUAAAUGUAGAUCACCUCAACAUCUGCAAACCAGAAAAAAAGGACUCCUUUCUCUAUAAACGCAGUUUACAAUUUAUUCAGGAUGCUCUUGGACAAUCUGCAAUCCUAAAGUGAUCUCUUGCCAUGAUCAUUCAUUGCAUUUGAAGGAUUCAACCACUUACAUUUUAAAAGAUAUUGUCACCUAUGACAGAAAAAGUCAUUCAAAAGCCUGCUGGAAAAUAACUGGAAAAUAAGCAAUACAUGUUUUAUUUUGUGACGCUUCAAUCUGACUGUAAAAUUUAAACUCCACUGACUUUUCACUUGUAUUAUUUUUCCUGGUUUUUAAUUCUUGCCAUCAUGAUGCUUUAAACACUUGGUUUAACUUUUAAUAUAUUAAUGUGUUUUUCCCUCAUCAUCUUUGCUUAGGAAUCAAAUGUACUGUAUAUUUCAUUUCAGUCAUUCUAAGUUAGCACUUUUUCAGUAUUUCAUUUUAACAGGUCUAUACAUGCUGUAACUUAAAAAUAAAUUAGUAUGAAGUUCAUUAUGUUUAUUAGAUUUAUCAAUGAACAAUUCAAGAGUUAUUUGCAUUAUUUAUUCUUCUUGGAAUAAAAAUAGAAACCUGUGGUAUUUCUUUUAGUAAUAACAGACUGAAAACUGAACUGCCUUCCUAACUCACCAGCCUUCUUUGUAUCCUUACCUCAAAUGCACAAGAUGAUACUGAUGUUGGCUGUAAUUUGUCAAUAUUUUUGUAUUAAUUGUAGUACUUGCAUUGGACCGUAAGCCAUUGGUUUUGGUGUUGAGUGUUUGCAAGACACAAAAAUUGACAAAUAUUCAUCACAUUUAAAUAAAGCUGUGCAUCCUAACUUCA